AUGGAGCCAGGUCAUACACUAAUCCUCAAUCAUACCACCCUGACCCUGGAUCCAGGACCUUUUUUCCUUCUGGGCAUCCCAGGGCUAGAAGCAGCAUAUGCCUGGCUUUCUGUGCCUGUCUGCCUCUUGUAUCUGGCUUCAGUGAUUGGGAAUUCCCUGCUGUUGGCCUUGGUGGCAGCUGACCCAGCCCUACAGGCCCCCAUGUACCAGCUGCUAGGGCUGCUGGCUGCAGCUGAUUUGGUCCUGUCCACAGCCACAGUACCCAAGGCACUGACUGUGCUAUGGGGCUUCUCUGGAGAGAUUUCUUUUGGGGCCUGCCUGACUCAACUCUUCUUUGCCCAUGUGGCCUUUGUGGCUGAGUCCUCAGUACUGCUGACCAUGGCAUUGGAUCGCUACUUGGCCAUCUGCCGGCCAUUGCACUACGGCACCCUCCUCACUCCCCGAGUGGUGGGGGCUGCGGGAGUGAUAGCCCUAGCCCGAGGCACAUGUGUGAUGACACCGCCUGUAGUCUUGCUUCAGCAGUUGCCUUACUGUGGGAAGAGAGCAAUACCACACACCUACUGUGAGCAUAUGGGUGUGGCUCGGCUGUCAUGUGGAGAUACCCGAGUCAACAUCUGGUAUGGGCUUGCCACAACAUUACUGUCCCCAGUCCUGGAUGCUGUGCUCAUUACCAUCUCCUAUGCUUUCAUCCUCCAUGCUGUCUUCCGCCUGCCAUCCAAGGGUGCUCGCCACAAAGCCCUCAGCACUUGUGGGGCCCAUGCCAGUGUCAUCUUCCUUUUUUACAUUCCUGCUCUCUUCUCCUUCCUUGUCCACCGUUUUGGCAGACACACUGUCCCAGGACAUGUCCACAUCCUCCUGGCCAAUCUCUAUGUGGUGAUCCCACCUGCUCUCAACCCCAUCGUCUAUGGGGUCAGGACUCGAUGUAUUGCUGAGAGAAUCCUGCGCUUGUUGGCACCCAGUAGAGUUGGGGUGAGAAGGGAAUAG